AUGUCGAUGAAGCGCAUGCGCCGCAUCUUCGAGCGCCAGACGGAGCGCGAGGCCUCCUACGAGCCGCUCGAGGGCGGCUCUGAGCGUCCAGAUGGCGAGCACAUUGAGGGGUCGGAGACGGACUUCUCAUGGACUACCUACUCCGUCUUCCUGCUGCUCGGCGUGGCCAUGCUGUGGGCCUGGAACAUGUUCCUCGCUGCCAACCCGUACUUCCAGCGCCGCUUUGCGCCCAACGACAACCUGCUCCGCAAUUUCCAGUCGGCCAUCAUGUCUGUCUCGACGGUGGGCAACCUCGGCUCCAUGGUCGUCUUGACCAAGCUGCAGGCGCGAGCCAACUACCCGCGCCGCAUCGCCGCCUCGCUGGUUCUGAACAUUCUGGUCUUCACGCUGCUGGCGCUGUCGACGAAGCUGUUCUUGGGCGUGGCAGCUGGAGUGUACUUUGCCUUCUUGAUGAUGAUGGUGCUGAGCGCGAGUCUGGCAGCCGGGCUGUGUCAGAACGGUGUCUUCGCAUAUGUCGCUGGCUUUGGCCGCGAGGAGUACACACAGGGCAUCAUGAUGGGCCAGGGCAUUGCUGGAGUGCUGCCCUGCAUUGCCCAGAUCGUCUCGGUCCUCUCGGUGCCGCGCAGGAAGGAGCACGUCGACCAUGGCACGCCGCAGCAGUCCAGCACAUCUGCGUUUGCCUACUUCCUCACAGCCACUGUCAUCUCCGCUGCCGCACUAGUCGCUUUCUUCUACCUCCAGCGACAGCACAGCUCUAGAAUACACCUCGACGAAGUCGACUCUGCGCCCACCGAGCGCAAGAGCGUCCCUCUCACCCGUCUCUUCGAGAAACUCACCUGGCUGGCCAGCGCAGUGUUCCUGACUUUUGUAGUCACCAUGUUCUUCCCCGUCUUCACGCAGAAGAUCCUCAGCGUGCGAGACCCCACCUCAGCCCCUCGCCUCUUCCAACCAGCAACAUUUAUUCCCCUGGGCUUCCUGUUCUGGAACGCUGGCGAUCUGCUUGGCCGCAUGGGGCCUGCUCUACCUGCUCUACGUCUUACAGCCUACCCAAAGGUCCUAUUCCUGCUGUCUGUUGCACGAGCUGCGUUCAUCCCUCUGUAUUUACUCUGCAACGUCAGCGGCAAGGGUGCUGCUGUCAGCUCUGACUUCUUCUACCUCGUGAUUGUGCAGCUGCUGUUCGGCCUGACAAACGGGUAUCUGGGCAGCAGUUGCAUGAUGGGAUUCGUGGAGUGGGUCGACCCCGACGAGGCCGAGCCUGCAGGCGGCUUCAUGUCACUGUGUCUUGUGGGCGGUUUGACAGUGGGGAGUUUCAUGAGCUUCUUCGCCGCCCAGGCCAUAUGA